CUUUGAUAUGCUUCCAUUGAGGUAGCAGGUGUAGUGUGGUAUAAUGGUGUGGUUUUGUGGUGUUUGUGAUUAUAUAUAUAAGGAGGUGCCAUUUUCUCUAUAAACAUUAUUGUGAAGAAAUCAAAGAGAGAUGAAUAAUGAAUAAUGAAAUUUGUCAAUUCUACAAAAAAUACGUAUUAAAAUAAAUCAUGAAUUUUUUCUGAAAUUUAGAAAUUAAGAUAACUGUCUGUAUAUGUACAAAUGACACCUCCUUAAUUCCAUAUUGGAUUGGGUGUGUACUGUGUAAUGUACUAUUAUAUUACUACAUCUUUUUUUACUCUAAUAAUAUAUUACUGACUGGCUUGAUAUAUACUUACUCACCGAUUUUAUUUUAUUUACAUUCUCAUUAUCUCCACAGGCUUGAGUCAAGAUACAGGAAAAUGUGUUUUUUCUCUCAAUGUCAUAUUUUACAAGUAUAACAGAAUAUCAAUAUUUUUCACAAGUGUAGGAUCAGUAAGUUGACCCCUAUUUUAAGAAGUAAAAAGUCAUACAUUAAACACCAUCCUGUCGAAAUUAUAUCAUUAAAUUAGGAAUGAUAGCUGCAAUAGUUUUCAUUCAAGUAUAUCAAUUGUUGGAGCAGUCAUAAAGCAGUAUGUUACUGUGAACUAAAGGCUGUGAUUACUCAGUUGGAUAGAUGUUUUGGUCUACCUAAUAUCAGAUGAAUGGUGAUUUGUGUUUCUCGUGAAGCUGAGAAAGGGACCGAUCUGUGCUGUCUUGGUUGUGUCCUUGGGCUAGACACUUUACUCUUAUUGCUCUGGAUGGCCUGUGAUAGGUUUCUGUAUAUUGUUCAGUGUGCUAGCCACCAGCUACUGCAAGGAUACUCUUAUUGCUCUGGAUGGCCUGUGAUGGGUUUCUAUAUAUUGUUCAGUGUGCUAGCCAUCAGCUACUACAAGGAAUGUCCCUGGCUGUUCCGUGAAUUGAUGAUACCUUGGGAACUGGCACAGCACAGCAUUGAGUGCUCAAAUUAAUAGUUUCUUGUAGUUGAAGGCAACAUCAAGGACAGGCAAGAAUAAGUAAAGUACUGAUACAAGCUAUAACUCAAAAAGUUUAUCCAUCAUUGUAUAUUAUAUAUGAAUAUACACACACACCAGUAAUUCUAAAAAAAAAACCACAUACACACUGGAGUCCUUCAUAUUUUAUACUUCAUUGCAAGUUAGAAAUCCACAAAUGGUAAAUAACAUGUUUUCAGUUCACUCAGCAUCACAUUUUGUUAAUUGAUUAAAUACACAUCAAUUAUGGGUCUUUGGUGAGGUUAAUAUGGUGUUAUACUGAACUAACUUGCUAGAAUCAAAUGUUGACAAGGGCAAAGCCUGAGGUCAGUAUUUUAGAUUCUGCCAGGUUAGUAUUAAACUGUGACAUCAUCAAUAUAAUAUUGACCCAGACCAGUACUGGUAUUCCUAAAAAAAGAAACAUUAGGUCAGUAUCUCAAAAUAUUGACCUCCACGUGACAUGUUUUAGCCAAUGAGAAUUGAGGUAAAUCUAACUAUGAUAUUCAUAAUGAUGAAAUAUUUUCCUGUAAGGUACAUGUACAUAUAUUGUGAGAGUACAUGCGUAAACAUACCCUUGAAUUGUCCUUUGUAUCAUAGCUGCUCUUGACGAGGCUCUACAAGGCGACGAGUCAUUCAUAACCUUGGACAAAACUGGAUACGUUGAGUCAUCAUUGGAAGGCCUUUCUUCAUCCCAUGUUGAAUGUGAACAGGAUAAAAAUGAAUCUGCAGUUGACUUCACAGAAUGUGUUCUAGAGCAAGGUAAAUGUGAUCCUGAUUUUACUGCAGUUUUUUGUGGUUCAGAAGAAACUGUUGUUGAUGGCAUCCAGCACUUAAGUUCUGCGGUUUCUGGUUGUGAAAAGUUAGCAGCCACAUUAGAAGUUGAAACUGGAAUUUGCAUUGAGAAAUCAUCAAAGAAAGAAAGUGAAGGCUUUGAAAGUAUUGAGAUAUCUAUGAAAGACAUAAAUGAAGUCACUGAUAUGCACAGAAAUUGGGAAGUUGAGAAAACUGUUAAAGAAAUUCAGCAUUCAAAGGAGCUUGAAAUUGAACUAAUGGAAUCAAAACUUGCCAUGGAAAUAUCUUUUGAACUAGUGGAUGAAGAAGAAACGGCAAAUGAUGAACCAUUGGAGUCGGUAGAGGCAGAAAUAUCUCAUGAACCAGUAGAAAUAGUUAUAGAGGCAGAAACAUCUGAUGACUCUGUGGAGACAGUGAUAGAGUUAGAAACAUCUGAUGAACCAGUAGAGAUAGUUAUAGAGGCAGAAACAUCUGAUGAACCAGUAGAAAUAGUUAUAGAGGCAGAAACAUCUGAUGAACCAUUGGAGACAAUGAUAGAGGCAGAAACAUCUGAUGAAUCUGUGGAGAUAGUGAUAGAGGCAGAAACAUCCGAUAAACCAUGGCCAGUGGGGAUAGUGAUAGAGGCAGAAACAUCUGAUGAACCAGUGGAGAAAGAGAUAGAAUUAGAAACAUAUGAUGAACUGGUGGAGAAAGAGAUAGAAUUAGAAACAUCUGAUGAACCAGUGGAGAAAGUGAUAGAGGCAGAAAUAUCUGAUGAACCAGUGGAGAUAGUGAUAGAAUUAGAAACAUACGAUGAACCAGUGGAGCCAAUGAUAGAGGCAGAAACAUCUGAUGACUCUGUGGAGAAAGUGAUAAAGGCAGAAAUAUCUGAUGAACCAGUGGAGACAGUGAUAGAGGCUGAAACAUCUGAUGACUCUGUGGAGAAAGUGAUAGAGGCUGAAACAUCUGAUGAACCAGUGGAGACAGUGGUAGAGGCAGAAACAUCUGAUGAACCAGUGGAGACGGUGAUAGAGGCAGAAACAUCUGAUCAUGAUGACCCAGUGGAGAUAGUGAUAGAAUUAGAAACAUACGAUGAACUGAUGGAGAAAGAGAUAGAAUUAGAAACAUCUGAUGAAUCCGUGGAGACAGUGAUAGAGGCAGAAACAUCGGAUGAACCAGUGGAGAUAGUGAUAGAGGCAGAAACAUUGGAUGAACCAGUGGAGACAGUGAUAGAGGCAAAAACAUCUGAUGAACCGGUGGAGACAUUGAUAGAGGCAGAAAUAUCUGAUGAACCAGUGGAGACAGUGAUAGAGGCAGAAACAUCUGAUGAACCGGUGGAGACAAUGAUAGAGGCAGAAAUAUCUGAUGAACCAGUGGAGACAGUGAUAGAGGCAGAAAUAUCUGAUGAACCAGUGGAGACAAUGAUAGAGGCAGAAACAUUGGAUGAACCAGUGGAGACAGUGAUAGAGGCAGAAACAUCUGAUGAACCGGUGGAGACAGUGUUAGAGGUAGAAACAUCUGAUGACUCUGUGGAGAAAGUGAUAGAGGCAGAAAUAUCUGAUGAACCAGUGGAGAUAGUGAUAGAGACUGAAACAUCUGAUGACUCUGUUGAGAAAGUGAUAGAGGCAGAAACAUCUGAUCAUGAUGACCCAGUGGAGAUAGUGAUAGAAUUAGAAACAUACGAUGAACUGAUGGAGAAAGAGAUAGAAUUAGAAACAUCUGAUGAAUCCUUGGAGACAGUGAUAGAGGCAGAAACAUCUGAUGAACCGGUGGAGACAGUGAUAGAGGCAGAAACAUUGGAUGAACCAGUGGAGACAGUGAUAGAGGCUGAAACAUCUGAUGAACCAGUGGAGACAAUGAUAGAGGCAGAAACAGCUGAUCAUGAUGACCCAGUGGAGAUAGUGGUAGAGGCAGAAACAUCUGAUGAAGUUGUGGAGGUAGUGAUAGAGGCAGAAACAUCUGAUGAAGUUGUGAAGACAGUGAUAGAAUUAGAAACAUACGAUGAACUGAUGGAGAAAGAGAUAGAAUUAGAAACAUCUGAUGAAUCUGUGGAGACAGUGAUAGAGGCAGAAACAUCUGAUGAACCGGUGGAGACAGUGUUAGAGGCAGAAACAUCUGAUGAACCGGUGGAGACAGUGAUAGAGGCAGAAAUAUCUGAUGAACCGGUGGAGACAGUGAUAGAGGCAGAAAUAUCUGAUGAACCAGUGGAGAUAGGGUUAGAGCCAAAAAUGUAUGAUGAAUCAGUGGAGAUAGAAACAACUGAUUUUGCUGAAUUCCAGGCCAAUUUACCAGGGAUAUCAGUUGAUUAUUCAAAAUCCACAGAUUACCCAGAGACACUGGCGAAGACCAGUCUUGAUGAUGAACUAAAAAGUGUAAUAUCGGAGUCCCUGUUGGGAUUAGAGGAUGCUGGUAAGAAAAGAAUAAUUUCAAAGAUUGGUCUCGUUUAUUUUUCUGAGAGUUUUAUUUACAAAAAAUGCCUAGAAAAUUAUGUUGUUCAUAGAUCGGAGAUGACUUAUACAUGCAUUUGUGUAUACAUGUACAUUAUACUGAACAGCAUAUGUAAUACUCUUGAUCAAUGGAGCAUUUCAAUUAGAUUUUGUAUUGGAUACAUGUACAUGUGUCAUCAUGAGAAUAGAGGAGAUACUGGUAUAUAUUGUAAUAUAUUAUGCAAUGAUCUUUGGCUAGUCUUUCAUAAUCAUACUGAAAGAGAUGAAGUUACAGGUAGACUUUAACAUUAACAGAAAUUGGAGCUUUAAACUAUGAUUGAACAGUUUUGAUGGAUUGGAUAUUCAUGAUUAACCUAUGCAUUAUACAGAAUGCAACUACAGAAAAAUGUUCAUAAAUUAUUUGUUAGAAACUAAAAAGGUUAGAAUGCUAAUGCUAAUUUAAUCAUCAUUAAAACAAUCAAAGAUUGUCAUUAAAGGUUUUGUUAUAACAAGAAAAGUCUCAAAUACAUGUAACAAACUUAAGCUACAGCUGAUGAAGUUCCAUGUCGGGUUAUAUUAUAAUUCUUGUUUAUCCCAAUCCUCCAGUCUCCUCGGUCACUGAACGAUCUGCACAUGUUGAUGUCCUGUCCCGUUGUGAGGGUAACUCUGUUUUGCGAU